AUGAGGGAAAUUCUGGAAGAAGCCCCCAGAAGCGAGACCAGCAGGCACCGCGUGGAAGAACUCCUCAAAGUAUUCGGAGCCAAAACAAGCGAGAACUUCAACGUAAACUACACAAUUUUACUGCACAUUAGCAACACCUACUACAAGACCCUCCACAGAGUCCACAGCAUCCAGAGAAGGACAAACGAGAAUCUCCAGGCCCUUUACAAGUACAACAAGAUAAAAGACACAGCACAGGAUAUUUUAGCAAAAAUAGCAGAAAUAAAGGGCAUAACCCUCAGGGAAGUCGCAGAGGAGUACGAAGCCCCAGAAUAG